AUGGCCAACAAGGAUAUACCACCUGAGGUUCAGCAGCAGGUUGCCAGGGAGUUUGAUAGGAUAAGGGCAACGAUCCUCGAAGGGAACGAGCCUGGCCUGCCCCAACCAGGGCCCAUGUUUAACUCAAGCCCGCGAGGCACCACGACAAGCCAAGAAAAAUAUGCGCCAGGAGGUCAUAAUGUCCCGGGUCCUUUGAAUAUUACCAAGUGGAACAUCGACCAUCCAGUAGUGUGGAUGAACGCGAUUCUCGUUGUAAUCCUGGUCUCAGGGGCGUUUCUAUUUUGGGGCUGUAUAGCCCUGAUGCAAGCAGCAGGACUCGUCGCACUAUUAGCUCUGGUCGACUAUCGAGUGUCCAGAUGGUUGCUGCAUAAGCGACCGCUCAAGAUUGGCCCUACCACAGAGUGA